CUGGAUCGGAUUCUAGUAGAAGAAGUGGGUUGGGGAAGGUUUCAGGUCAAAGUAUUGGUGCUGUGUACUCUUUUGUCAACAAUGGCGGGGCUGCAGACGUAUUCCUACUUGUUCACGCUAACGAAGUCCAGGACAAGAUGCCUAAUUCCCGAAUGUGAGGAUACCUCUGCCCCAGACGAGUUCUCUCCUCCUUGGAUCCUGGAAGCGGUGCCAAGAACAGGCGACUCCUUCGAUAAUUGCCAUCGUUUUCCAACAAUAAACAUGUCACAAAUGUCUGCAUCGUGCGCGGAAAUCUUGUUUGAUAAGAAAGCGUCGGUACAAUGCCAGGAGUAUGUUUAUGAGCAGAAAAACUCUGCUUAUUUCGAGUUCAAUCUAGCCUGCGACGAUUUUCGGCCAUAUCUAGUCGGGUCGGCCAGAAUUUUGGGCAUGAUGAUUUCUUUGCCUAUAAAAGGGUUUGUGGCCGACCGUUGGGGCCGGCGGCUGGCACAUUCCCAGACUGCUUCAACCUGGCUUGGACUGGGACAUUGACAUGUGUUGCGGGCUCCUAUACCAGCUACACCAUAUUAUCUUUUGUAGAAUAUCUUCUAGGAUCAUGUUCUUUUUCAUGUGUUUAUAUUUUAGCUCUGGAAUAUGUGCGACCUAAAUAUCGAGU